GGAGAUAAUCAGAGGGAGAAUUCAGGUUUUUAAUUAUAUUUCAUCCAGGUUUAAUAAAGCUGCGAUUUAAUUCAUAAGAGAUUGCCAAGAUGAAACCACCAUUUAACCGAUCAGAGUCCGUCGAGGUUGGUCACAGCGAUGUUCCGGAGGCCUCACCCAUUGGAGAAGACGCUGUGCCCAAAGACAUUAACAAAGACUCCUCCAAGCUGUCACCAGAAACAAUGGAUGAGUAUACAUACGAUGGUUUAGAAUUAGACGUAGGGUAUGUUUCCGCUUCCCCAUCCAGUAUCUGGAUUGACGACACCGCUUCAGAAUCCGGAGAAUCCGCCCAAGAUGACAUCCGUGGAAGCAGGAGAUCAAAGCAAGUGACAUUUCAUAUCGGAAGCGAUGCCAACGCCGAGAACCAGUUGAAGAAGCAUAUCACUGAUGAUCUGUCGAUACAUACCAAUUUAAAACAAGGAGAGAUAAACAAGAUAUUUUCUCAAGAUUCUGAUGGUCUCGGCAUGGUUAAAGGUGACAGAGAUGAAAAAUCUUUCCAAGCGCCAAUAUUCACGACAAAAUCCACUUUAUACGAAUCUCAGCAAGAGAACACAGAAAAGUACCCACCAGCUUCAAACGGAUCUAAUAAAGUUCCUUUAACCCACAAGCCUAUUAAACCCGGUCGACAAAUUUUACGAUGGAAUCUGCUGUUUAAUCUUUUGGUGUGGGUGAUGGUGUCUUUACCAAUCUGGGUACCAUUUGUAUCAAAGACGGUAGCCAUCUAUCUUCUACCAAGUGUCCAGAGUGUUUUUGUUUUGAUGUGGUUAGUCAUCUGUCUUCUGGCGUCAAGAAAUGUUAUUCGUUUAUACAGACACAGAAACCAUGAUUUCCAGAAAGAUAUCGUUGAAUCAUCCGAUAUUCAUCAUCUCUUCAUCAUCAGCUGCUACAAGGAACCCGUUAGUCUUAUAGCCCAAAGCGUCAACACCAUCGCCAACCAGAAAGACGUCCAUAACAUAACCAUGACCGUUUCCUUUGAAGAAAAGACUCCAGAUUUGGACAAAAAGAUCAAGAAAUUGACCAAGAGGUUUCAAGAUUCAGGUUUCGCUCGACUACUUUUUACUGUUCACCCAUUUGGCUUGGAAAAUGAAAUUCCCGGAAAAUGUUCCAAUGCCAAUAAUGGUUUUCGAAAGUCAGCGGAGAUUCUGCAAAGGGAAAUGGGCCUGAGCUUUGACCCUGACCGUAUCAUAGUAACCACGUGCGAUGCAGACAGUCAGUUUUCACCAAAUUACACAGGGGCUUUAGCGUCUAGAUUUAUCGCCGCUAAAGAUAAGCAUAAUACCAUUUAUCAGGCCCCUUUGUUUUAUAAUUGGGGGUUAGAUGGAGCUUCAUUUAUCACCCGAGUAACGGGUUUAGUUCGAUCAACCCUCAUGCUAGGAGCUUUAAUACCAUUUAAUAUAAAUUCUAUGAGUAUAUUUUCAUUCUCUUUACGACUGUGUAUAGAUGGUAAUUUCGUUCAUCCAGCCUAUCAAAUGGACGAUAUCAUAUGUUUAAUUAGAUGGAUGGGCGUGACCGGAAGAAAAAUUAGAAUCUGUUUUUUACCGGUCCCUGUGCUCAGUGGUCCGACGACCGGUUCGACAGUAGAAUUAGACAUCAUGGAAUGGGCCAGACAAGCUAGGCGAUGGACAAUUGGUGCUGCCGAGGUUUUCCAUUAUUUUGUUGUUAAAUCUCGUAAAAUGCCCAAACUACCGGCUUUAUCUUGGGGUUUAAGUUUUUUAAUUUACUAUGGUAUAUUAUUAUGUUCAGGUUCGUUAUAUAGUUUAUCUAUGUCAUUAUCAGUAUAUUUUAUUAUUGGCGAUAGUUUCGUACCAUAUUAUGUAUCCUAUUGGCUCUACGCUCUCGCCGCUACGCAACAAUUCUGUUUCUUGAUUGUUUUCAUAUUAGACGUAUUUACUACACGUAUUUUAAAUGUUAAAGAACAUAUUUCAUUCAUCAGAAACGUUUUUCAAUGGAUUAUGUCCCCUGUCGUUCUACUGUGUUAUUCAUUGGUUGAAUUUUACGCCCUGCACGAGGUGGCCAUUCGAGGCAAGAAGGUCUGCAAACAUGGCGCGUCAAAGAAAGAUAACUUGAAAACGUAGUUUGGUACAUAAAAUGACUCUUUUAUCAAACACGAUUUCUGAUCGUCCAAAGGGUUGUUAUUAUCAUUCUAGAUUCUGAUUGUGACGUCAUAUGUAUAGCGAGUACCAUAUAUAGACCGGAGGUCUCGAUUCCUGCUCGAAUGCCAAUCGACUCUGUUUCGUAUCCGAAAAUUUACUUACCAAAUCGAUUCCAGUGAUAUUCGACAUUUGUGAAUUCUGGUCGGAUAGAUCCGAGAAAGAAAUUGAAUACAAAUGAGACCAACUGUUAAAAAAAAACAAAAACACGUAUUUAUAUGGAAAUAUUCGUAUCAAUGUCGUAGAAGUAAAAGACGAAAAACACGUGAUAAAUGUGGAUAUAACUGUUAUUAGGCAGAAGCUAUCGCGAGUAACAAUUAUUGCUUUGUGAUAUAUUUAUGUCUUUCAGGGGGGGGGGGGGCAUAUCCACGUCAGAUUAAACUAAACUAUGUAAGAAUGCCGCCCUUUCAUUGGCUAAGAUCUGAAAUUUGUAUUAGGAUGAUAACCCUCACCCAAUGAAGAGGGAGCACCCUUUAAAUAGUUUAGCUAAGGAUUUCAUGAAGAAGUCCCAGGGUCGUUUAUUGUUGUUUAUUACAAAUUUCACGUCCAAUGUUAGUAUGGACAGGUUGAUUUAAAUAACAUAUAUUUUACAUAUAAAGUAGACCCCAUGUCUAUAUUGUAUAGAUUUUAAACAUUCAUCAAAACCGAGUGAUUCCACCGAAUUUGUAAAUAUGUCUUUUAUAUAAUUAUAUAUUAAUUUGUUGUUUAAAUGGGUUUUUUUUAAUAAACUGUUUAUUAUAAAUAUACUAUAAAGGUACUACCGGUGACGAAAUCUUUGAAAUAUUUCGGAGGUUCAGACUUAUAGAAUUUUAAAAACAUUCAUCAAAGCCGAGUGAUACCAACGAAUUUGUAAAUAUGUCUUUUAUAGAAUAAUAGAGUGAUAUGUUUUUUUAAAUGUUUAUUUUAAUAAAAUGUUUAUUAUAAAUAUAUACUAUAAAGGUACUACCGGUGACGAAAUCUUCGAAAUAUUUCGGAGGUUCAAACUUAAAUAAAGGUUAUUUUUUUUACAUUAUUUAAUAUUAUAUUCAUCAAAACCGAAUGACACCAACGAAUUUGUAAAUAUGUCUUUUAUAGAAUUAUAGAGUGAUUUCUUGUUUAAAUGUUGUUUAAAUAUAUACUAUAAGGGUACUACCGGUGCUGAAAUCUUCGAAAUAUUUCGGAGGUUCAAACUUAAAUGAGGGUACUACCGGUGAUGAAAUCUUCGAAAUAUUGCGAAGGUUCCAACAUAAAUUCGGGUACUACUGGUGAUGAAAUCUUCGAAAUAUUUCGUAGUUUCAAACUUAAAUGAGGGUUAUUUUUUUACAUUAUUUAAUAUUAAAGCUGCACUAUGUAAGACUUAAAUCAGGUUCAGACAUUUGUUCACACGACAAGCCUUUAAUCAGUUUUCUAGACCAAUCGGAUUCAGUGUAAAUUUCAAAAUUUAACGAUAAACUGGAUAAUCUAGACUUAUCUUCGUUAGAUCUUGUCAAAUCGCCAAACACCCAUAAAUAGACUCAAAAUAUAGUAAUUUAUUUUGCAUUAUUUAUUUGUGAACAAUUAAUAUUAUAGCAAGAACGUCCAGUUCUUUAUGUAAAUCUUACAUAAUGUACCUUUAACCAUGGUUUAUCUAGCUAGAUAUUUUGUUAUAUUUAUAGAUAUGGUCUAUAGCUAGUCUUCGUGGUUUAUUUAGCUAGCUUAAAACUGUUAUAUUUAUAGAUAGAUUAUAUAGCUAGCUAGUCUCCUUAUUUUUGAAUUUUUUAAUGUUGAAAUGAUCAUGUUUAUAUGUUUGUAUUUUUUUAUGAAGA